AUGAAGAAGCGGGUAAUCUUCGUCGGUAUCGGGGGAGCGACGUGUUCUGGCAAGACGACGCUCGCGAAGCAUCUGUGUAGGAUAUUGCCCGGGAGCGUGAUCCUUCACCAAGAUGACUUUGCCCCCCCUCAAGAAUUAGUCCCGAUUCACCCGGAGUACAACGUUCAAGAUUGGGACAAAGCUGAGGGUGCUAUUGAUUGGCCGAGGAUGGUCAAAUCCCUUGCUGAGGUCAAGCGCUCUGGCGAGAUACCGCCAGAACAUUACUCACACGACCACCUGAACGAGCAGAAAGAUGUACCAAUUGACGAUGCUACGUUCCAACAUUGGCGGGACGUGUUCACUAAGAUAGACGCGGUGCACAAGAAGGCGGGUGAGCAGCUCGUGUGGGUGCUCGUAGAUGGCUUCCUACUAUAUUGGCAUCCAGAAGUAGUCAAUCAAUUAGAUAUCAGGGUAUUGCUGAGAGUUCCUCACGACGUGCUCAGGCAGAGACGGCACGAGAGGCAUGGAUAUCACACAGCAGAGGGCACGCUCUGGAAAGACCCUCCGAACUACUGGGAGCAAAUUGUCUGGCCGGCAUACGUCGAUGCACACUCGCGCAUUGUAGAGAACGGUGAUGUCGAGCAUGGACAGCCGAACGGCGCGGUUCCAGGUCUCAUAUUAAUAGACGGGCUGGAGAUGAAGAUGGGGGACAUGGUGGAGCGGGUGUGCGUUCGGCUGGCGGAGAUGGUGGACGGGGAGGCGAUGAGGCAGCGAGACGGAGUAGACGGGAUAGUUGCACUCGAUCAUAACUAG